AUGGAGCCAAACAAGCCACAAUUUGAGGAACUUCGUAAGGUUUCUAUCAAUGAGUGGAUAAUGGCACCAGACUGGAAUUCAACAGACGAGCUCCUUCUGGUGAACGAGAUCGCUGCUGUGGAAGCCGAUUGUCUGAAAGCAUUUUCGUCAUUUCAGAAAUGGAAGAUCAUAUCUCAAAACUGCUCUGCUUUGGGCGUCCCGCGGACUUUGGAUCAGUAUCGCAGAAAAUGGGACGCUUUGUUUCUCGAUUACAAGAGCAUCACGCAGUGGGAGUCAGCGUCUAGAGGCGGUGCUUCGUACUGGGUUUUGGAAAUUGGAAGGAGGAAGCAGAAGGGGUUGCCUGAGAAUUUUGAUAAUGAGUUGUUCAGAGCCAUUGAUAAUCUUGUGAGGGUUCGGGGGAACCAAUCGGAUACGGACCCGGAUAGUGAUCCAGAAGCUGAGAUUGAUGCUGAGGCUGAUGUGCCUGAUGUUGUUGCAGAGCCAGAGUCCAAGAGGAGAAGACGCCGAUCAACACAUCAGAAAAGCUGUCCAAUAGAAAAUUCAUCUAGAAGAUGUAAGGUGGAAAAGCCUGAAGAAACCCAUGUAGAAGAAAAACCUGAAGAAACCCGUGCAGAGGAAAAACCUCAAGAAACCCACGCAGAAGAAAAACCUGUGGGAAGCUGCUUAGAAGUAAUUCCUCAGAAGAGCCUGGCAGAAGAAAUGUCUCAAAAAAGCUGUGCGAAGAAACAUAAAAAUAGUCAAAUAGAAGAGAAGGCUAUCAGCAUUGAAGAACAGGAGCAAAUUGCAGUUAUGCAAUUGCAUGAAAAUGUAGAACUAAUCCAGGCCAUUGUUAAUGAGAAUGCAGAUCAUGAGGCAGCCGAUGUGAAGAGCACCGGGGACCCUCAAACUGAUCUUGUUAGACGCCAAGGGGAUCAGGUUAUUGCAUGUCUGGGAGAUAUUGUGAAGACUCUUGACCAGCUCCGUCAGCUUGUCCAGGAAUGUGAAUAGCCCCUCCCCCCUUUUCUAAUUUACUGAAUGUCAAUAUUUUAAUGGUUAACAUUUUGGUGUUAGGAUAUUUAUCGUAAAGUUCUAAUGCGAUGUUGGAGGUAGCUUAUUUUGUGU